AAAAAGGCCAAGUGCUUCCCUCCACAUCUAUAUCCGAACCAAAUUCCCUCCAAUCCAUCUAAGCAGCGAGGCAGGCUUUCCCUCAGUCUUCUCUUACUUUCCCGCUUUUUCCAACGUCCCAAACACUCAACCAGAUCUCAAAACCCUCACCCCACCAAAAUCCCUUUUCUCUUUCUCUCCACCUGAUUUUCCCUCCAAUUUUCCAUCCGAUUCUUCCGCACUGUUCCUUCAUUUUCCCUCCCAGUUUCCAUAAACACCCUCUCCGAUCCAUUUCUCUCCCCCCCCCCCCCCCCCCUAAAGGGCACUCGAUCUUUUGGGAUGUCAGCCUCUCGGCCUCCCAACUCCUCAGUUCAGCCGUCUAAUCAGAUCAUGCAGCCUCUGAAUCGGCAGCUUCCAUUUACCUGUAUGAAGCCGCCCUUUUCUUCUCCUGCGGAUUACCACCGGUUCGCUCCUGACCCUCGCCGGCUCUCUGAAAACGAACCCGAGGGAAUUGUUGUUAAGACACCUCAGCUAAAACGGAAGAGUGAAACAGCUGAGUAUGAAGCCGAAUCUAGUGAUAGAAUGGUUGGUCCUGUAUAUGCUGAAGUAGUUAACAGUCCAAUUCAGACUCCUGUAUCAACAAAAGCAGGAAAGACAAACAAAACGCCAAGGGUUAUGAAGUGCACUAGAACUGGACCUCAAACCCCUCUGUCAAAUGUUGGUUCUCCUUCUGGCGCUAAUCUUACUCCAGCUGGUCCUUGCCGUUAUGACAGCUCACUAGGUCUCUUGACAAAAAAGUUCAUUAAUCUGAUCAAACAUGCUGAAGAUGGCAUACUGGACCUAAAUAAAGCUGCUGAUACUUUAGAGGUGCAAAAGAGGCGAAUAUAUGAUAUAACGAAUGUACUUGAAGGAAUUGGUCUGAUAGAGAAAAAGCUCAAAAACAGAAUUCAGUGGAAGGGACUUGAUGUCACAAGACCAGGAGAGGCAGAAGACAAUUACGCUAGCUUACAGGCAGAAGUUGACAAUCUUUCCAUCGAGGAGCACAGAUUAGAUGAUCAAAUAAGAGAAAUGCAAGAAAGAUUAAGGGAUCUAAGUGAAGAUGAAAAAAAUCAGAAAUUGCUCUUUGUCACUGAAGAAGAUAUCAAGGGCUUACCCAUCUUCCAGAAUGAAACCUUAAUAGCUAUUAAAGCUCCGCAUGGCACCACUCUGGAAGUCCCAGAUCCUGAUGAGGCUGUUGACUAUCCUCAAAGGAGAUACAGGAUAGUCCUAAGAAGCACAAUGGGUCCAAUAGAUGUUUACCUUGUCAGUCAAUUUGAAGAAAAGUUUGAGGAGAUUAAUGGGGUUGAGCUCCCUACAAGCUUCCCAUCCAGUUCAGGGAUUCGUGAUGACCCAGCAGCAGCAUUGGUCAUAGAAAACACAGCCCAUAAUGUUGAACUGCAGGGACAAGAUGAUCAUAGAACAUAUGCAGAUCCAAGUGCUUCACAGGACUUUGUUAGUGGGAUUAUGAAGAUUGUUCCCUCAGAUGUUGAUAGUGAUGCCGACUACUGGCUUUUAUCGGACGCUGACAUUAGCAUAACAGAUAUGUGGAGAACAGAGCCUGGGGUUGAAUGGAAUGAGUUGGGGCUUCAUGAGGAUUAUACCAUGGUUAAUGUCAGCAAAUCAAGGCCCCAAACUCCACCGUCAAAUUCAACUGAAGUGCCUUCAACUGCAAACCAUACCAGCAGUUGAAGCCUAUGAAGGAACAUAUAUGUUAAUGAAUCUAGUGAGGAUAGAUGAGGUGGAAGGUUUCGUGAGAACCUAUGACCACCAACCUUUCCCUUCCGUAAUCCUUUGUUGAAUUCACCAUGGGGGUUGGAUGGAAGGUUUCACAGAGUUGUUGUACAUCAAGUUCUGGUCCCUGAAGACUGAUGGAACCGGAAGAAUUGAAGGAUGGUGUGAGCUGGCUCAUUGUACAGUUAAAUAACAUAAAUAUCCCAUGUGAUAUAGUGGCAAAUAAGAUUUAUAUUUGGUAGUCCCAUCCCUGUAUAUUACCCCAUUUUCUAGGCAUCUGUGUUAACCAUCUAACAUUUGGUGAAUCAAGGAUGUAAAAUUUCAAAUGGAUGCUGUUUGAUAGCUUCAGUUCGCGAAUUACAAUCUGUUUUUGU